UUACUCGCCCGGCUUACAGACUGCGUGCGAUGCUCCCGGUCCCGCUUCCCUUGGGAUCUCAUUGGGAUUUUCGCUGCUCGGUUUCGUGUUCGCUCUUUGGAUCAAGGCUCGCACGUGUCGACUUGAGUCGGUUGAGCGGUGUGUGGUCGGAUGUUCCCGUCCGUCCGUAAGUCCGUCCGUCUGUCGGUUCCCGGAGUUCGUCGCGGCUGCUGCCCUGGCGUUCAACGCUUUGAGUCUCGCAGUUCCUGACAGCAGAGAGGGAGCUUCAUUAUCGGAUUGCGGGUUCGUUCCGUUUUGUCGCUCAUGCAAGUGGUCGCAUUGGCCUCUGCGACGUGGGUGGGACGCGAUACUGUGUUGUGGGAUUCAAUUGGAGUCGUCGUUCAGGUUCUGGGGGGUUGUGUGUCUGGAAUGCUGGAGCUUUCGUCGGACCGAAAUCGGGACCGGGUUUGCGAAGCAGGUGCGUUGGAAGGAAGCCGGGGGGCUGGGUUUAAUAAAGUCCGAGCCGGAAACCGAGGCGAGAGUUUGGCAAUAGUGGGUCGGGAGGCUGCGACUGCGUUACGUAUCUCUUGCUUUCUGGUCCAGGCGUGUCGUGUAGAGCAUUGCAUCAGUUGCAGCUGCGGACGCUUCUCUGGAUUGGGUAUUCGAUUUCCGAGCUCUUGUGGUUUUCAGAUCUCGAGGUAGGUGGAGGAAGAUUGCGCGUGCUAGCUUGCGAGUGCUGGGUGUUGGAAUCUUCUGGUUGGAAGAUUAGAUCCUGGUUGCCGAUCUUGACAGAGGGGAGUGGUCGAGCUUCAUGCUUCGGAUGAGGUGCUGAAAAUCUCCGGGGUCUUUGGUUUUAGAAACUGCUGUUUCUGGUUUAGGGUGUCGAUGGGUGACGUGUGUAUUCAUUAGUAUCUGAGAAACUUCCCGCUUUCCAAGUUAUUUACUCGGCACAUGGUUUCAACGCUUAGGCUCUUGCUCCUCCCCUGUACUUUGCAAUCGGGAAUGUCUUCAUCCUCGAGACGAACCCUCGCGUCGCCCGCAUAUCGUCCUUAACCAAAUACCUCCGUUGCAGAGGGAACUUUGAUGCCGAAAUUUUCAUGAUACACAUGGUUUGGACUUCAGGAUAAACCGACAGACGUGAAGUAGCUGCUUCACGAUAUGACAACGAAUCGCGCACUCCAAUUGGAAUUCCGUCUCUAGCGUCGAAAGCGUCUGUGAUAGGUACGGCCUUUUCAACAUCCCGAAACCAUCCGGGUGCUCGCGCAAAGUUGAGUUAGAGCACAAGCUAGGCGUAAAUUUAGGGUUGGCAGUAGCUUUGCUGGGAUAUCUGAAGAGCCUUGUGGGACUGUGCUUUGAGAAAGGAUCGAUUUUAGUGAGCAGGAAUUUAGGUCAAGCAGUGUAGUUCGGAAUGCAAUCAAAAUGAGGGCUUACAGGUGCUCAGGGACGUAACGAAGUGGUUACGGGACCAGCUGGGGGUGGAAACAACUAUUGGUUGAACGCCAAUUAAGUUUUCCACGAUGAAGAGCACGUUGAGUCCAAGGGCGGCAGCGGGAGGUGACUGGUGUGAUAUGAGCAGCAAGUGUAAGUGUCGGUGGAGAUGGUCUUCGUAUGGCUUGUGCUCGAAGUGCCACGAUAGGCUACAACACCGAGGGUGCGGUCUUUCCUUGGCGUUUUUGUAUUUCUUCUGGACCACACUCUUUUUUGUGUUUGUGGGGAGUCUCUUCGCGUGGUUGGCGUUCUCGCCAUACAAACGGCACAUCGGCGCUGCUGCAGGAUGCCAGCCGGAUAAUGAAGGAUCAUGGAGCAUUGGAGUGUAUCGUGGCAACUCUCCGUUCAACCUACAGCCGAUUGAAUCGGCAAACAUACGGAAUAAUCAAACUGCAGCCUGGCCCGUGGCUAACCCAGUCUUCACAUGCGCUUCCGUUACGGACAUGAGCCAUCCGAGCAAUUUUGUGGCGUAUCCCUUCCUGUUCGCCCAUGGAGCGAAGAUGUACAUGUUCUUUGAAACAAAGAAUAGUAUUACGAUGCAGGGAGAUAUUGGUGUGGCAGAAAGCACAGAUCAGGGUGUUACGUGGACGUAUUUGGGUAUUGCUCUUGGCGAGGACUGGCAUGUUUCCUAUCCAUACGUCUUCGAAUAUGGUGACGAGAUUUACAUGAUGCCUGAGGGUAGCCAAAACGGAGACUUGCGUCUCUACCGAGCUGUAGAGUUCCCCUUGCGAUGGGUGUUUCACAAAACCCUGAUCAGCAAGCCCUUGGUGGGUGCGUCAAUGGUCAAGCACGAGGGUGAGUACUGGCUCUUUGCCUCUAACUUCCAUCACUUUGGGAAUCGAAAGAAUGGACAGCUUGAGAUAUGGUUUGCUCCCUCCCCUUUGGGUCCCUGGGUGGAGCACCCUCAGAAUCCUAUUUUGAACGGCGACUCCAGCAUUGGGGCUCGUGGUGGAGGGACGCCUUUUCUGCACGACGGCGAGCUUUAUCGCAUCGGACAGGACUGCGGUGAGACCUACGGACGCCGCUUGCGUGUCUUUCAGGUUGUGACGUUGACGAAGGAGAAGUAUCACGAGGUAGAAGUGCCAUUCAACCUGGACGAUUCAUCGAAGAAGGGUCAGAAUGCCUGGAAUGGCCAUCGGACCCACCACAUGGAUCUCCAUCAGCUCUCCUCGGGUGAAUGGAUGGCUGUCAUAGACGGAGACCGAAGUCCUGCAGGAGGCGUGGCUUCGAGGUACAUCCUUGGUGCAGGCGCUCUUCUGCUUCUCCUGUCGCUCAAUGUCACGGUGGGGAUCCUCUUCGGAUACGUGAGCUGGGUAAUCCCCCUCUUGCUCAUGAUUCCAGGAAAGAAAGCCGAGCCGGUGCUACCUUGGGUGAUCCGUCCUCAAUUUCCCACACGCUUUUUCAGAGCAGCCAGCCGUUUGAGUCGAUCGGGCUCCUCCCUCAAGCGGAUCCGCUGGCGGUCCUGCUUGUGGUGCUUGUUCCUCCUCGCCAGCCUCGCUGUCACCGUGCUCGCGACCUGCACGGUCGUGAACUGCUUCUUUGGCGGCAAUGGUGCCGAGGAGCCCUACCCUGUCGACAACCAAUACUCCCAGUUCACCAUGAUCGCCAUGACAUACGAAGCGCGACUCUGGAACCUCCAGAUGUACGUGAAACAUUACUCCCGCUGCGCGUCAGUCCGGGAGAUCGUAGUCGUCUGGAACAAGGGCACUCCACCAGACCUCGAGGACUUCGACUCCGCUGUCCCGGUCCGGAUCCGCGUCGAGCCCCAAAACUCGCUCAAUAACCGUUUUAAGCCUGAUGAGCUCAUCAAAACGAAGGCCGUCUUCGAGCUCGACGACGACAUCAUGAUCACCUGCGACGACGUCGAGAGGGGAUUCAAAGCCUGGCGCGAGCACCCGGACCGAAUGGUGGGUUACUACCCGCGGCUGGUGGACGGCACUCCGCUAACGUACCGCAACGAGCGCUACGCGAGGUCGAAAAAGGGGUACAACAUGAUUCUCACUGGGGCCGCGUUCAUGGACAGCGAGGUGGCUUUCCAAAGCUACUGGAGCCCUGAGGUAGAACAGGCGCGCGCCGUCGUGGACGACCUCUUCAACUGCGAGGACAUCCUCAUGAACUUCAUUCUAGCAAACCAGACCGCGGGUCGCGCUGUGGAGUACGUGCACCCCGCUUGGGCAAUCGAUACGUCGAAGCUGUCGUCGGCGGCGAUUAGCCGCGACACCCAAGGGCAUUACGACAAGCGCACCAAGUGCUUGAAGGAGUUCACUCGGAUCUUCGGUGGGGUCCCCGUGAGGAAGUGGGGGUUCCUCAGCCGGAAAGAUGGCUGGGACAACUGAUUCAGUUUUUUUUUCGGCGUCUGGUCUAGGAUCAUUAGAGUAGGAAAGAGUCGGAGAUAUCGACGAUGCUUAGCGCCACGAUCCGUUGUAAAAUCAGUAUUCGACCCUGGUGCUUCGUCUCUCUUGUAUACUAGUAAUUGCAAGCCUUGUCGUCCUUCUUCUUCUUCUUCUUCUUUUUCUUUCCUUUUAAAAUUUUUGUUUUUCCUUCGGAGGACGGGGAAGAGGAGGAUUCAUGGUGAUCUCUCUGAUGUCAAUCGAUGUUUCUUCUAGCAGAUUGUUGGUUUGGUUUCCAUGUAUUAACGCUCUUUCAGAGUCGUUGCUGCUUUGCUCCCUCGUAAGACCGGCGCUGUGGGCCGCCUCCAUCGUUGCCGCUUCAGGUUAGCGGAGAGUUAAUUUGCCUAUGAAUUGAAAAGCACAAUGAUGAUGAUAUGAUACAUUCUAGUUGAAGAUAAUAAAAUCAACUCUAGAUUUUUUUUGCCAUCAAUUGUUUAUGUACUCAUUUUUGAUCUUUUUAUUUAUACAAUUGUGUCACGUGACAAUUUCUCA